GAUUUACACCAAUGAACCGCAAUGUUCGAAGUUUUAGGUUGUCGCUUUGACUUACCUGCUCUUACAUCAGUAACUGUUGCUGCGGUUCGGGGCGCAUAGGGAACAUGACAUCUAAUGUUGUUGUUGCAGCGGGGUUGAUCAUAUUUAGACGUUUUGAAAAUCAAGUGCAAUAUUUACUACUGAAAGCAUCUUAUGGAAGCAGACACUGGACACCGCCUAAAGGUCAUGUUGACCCAGGAGAGGGAGAAUUUGAAACUGCCUUACGAGAAACAGCAGAGGAAGCAGGAUUAGCAAAGGAUCAAAUGAACAUUUAUGAAGACUAUCAGAAAACAUUAAACUAUGAUGUACGAGGGAAGCCCAAAAAAGUUGUGUACUGGCUUGCUGAGUUGAAAAAGCCAGAUGACCCUGUGACCUUGUCAGAAGAGCACACAGACUAUAAAUGGUUGCCGGUGGACAAAGCUUGUGACACGGCCAGGUUCAGAGAGAUGCAAAAUGUCCUUUGUGAUGUGGAUCUGUACUUGAAAUCGAGAAACUAAUCAUAUUGCAAGACAUAGCUACAGUCAUAAUUUUGUAUUUUCAACAUGUUUCUCACCAAAGCUCAUUUUGCAAUUUUGCAGCAUCAGGUCUUUUCAAGAAGGCAGAGAAAGAUCAUGUUUAAAGAAUAUUUUCCAAUAUUUGAGAAAUAUUAUAUUAAUAAUAGUGCCAUUACAUCUGAAGAUUUACAUGUCAUUCAACUAUUUUUAACUAUGUUUAAUUUAUUCAUGCAGUUUCAUGUUCGCGAUUUUUACUUUGGAUUUUAAUUAUUGUAUCAAAAACAUGUGAUUAGGGUUUGUGAAAUCAAGACUGUGGAUGCCAACUUUUUACAAUAAUCUUUCAAGCUUAAUUCUUACCCUAAGAGAUAAUUGGAUCACAUUGAUCCAUGAAUGGAGAUUCCCUGGAUAACAGAGGAUGGCCCACAGUAGACUUUUUGAACAGAUGUAUAUAUAUAAUCAGUAAAACCUUGUUUUCUUGACCCCAUUAUCUCAAAAGUACCGAUACGUCGACCACCUUAGUCUAUAAUGUUCAUGCCAGGUUAUCUUAAAUGUCCACACAGUAUACUGACUCCAGUCCUUGUUUUAGCCCUUUAAUGCCGAACGCCAGACAAGGUCACAACAAUUACCAGUUUUUAAUGUCUUUUGGUAUCACGCGGCCGGGGAUCGAACCCAGGACCUUCCGCUAUCCAGGCAGACGCUCUACCACUAGACCAGGGAGGCGGUCCUGCUUGGUUUGAGAGAACAGGUUGCAACUGUACAUCUGUUUGUUAAUAUUAAACUGCAGAUGCUGACGUUUUUAUUCAUAUGAUAUUGUCAAGCCACUUCAAGCACCUAUUGAGGAAGAAUUUAUGAAUGUUAAAUCUACAACUUAAAUGGGCUGUGGGGUAGCCUAGUGCUUGAAGCAUCCACUCAUGAAGACUGGGGUUCGAAUUCCUAUAUGAGUACAAAGUCCAUUUCUGGGGUCCACUGCUGUGAUAUUGCUGGAAUAUUGCUAAAAGCAGAGUGAAAUUAGACUCGCUCACUCACAACAGGAAAUGUAUCCUGAAUCGAAAUAUUGUAAAUUGAAUGGUGCAGAAUCAACUUAAUAUUAAUAUUAUUUUGGCCUAAUACUUCACAAUACAUCUUGUAUAUCACUGCAGAGAUAUAUGUGAAUCCUUACGCAAUGAAUUGACAAUUCUGUUAGUUAGGCGGAACC